AUGAUUAUCAUAUACACUACUUUUUAUUACGAAGGAAAGUCGCUCGAAUGUCUCGGUACUCGUACUGGUGACACGACCAAACUAUUAGAAAUUCAUUCCAUCGCGAUGCUUUCAGGCUUUUUGCUUCCAAUUCUUUCGAUUUUUCGAAUAGUUCGUGUCGUUAUACCAUAUUUCAUAGACUUAACUACAUCUUAUCUUAUCCAUCGGAUAGGUAUCUUUGUGCAGACAUUUUUGAAUUAUCAAUUGAACGAUGUUCGAUGUAGUAAAGAUGGAGAAAUGAAGAAUGGAGUGAAUGGGUACUCGUAUGCGAUAGUAUUCUUUUUUCUAGUAUUUGUGCGACUUCUGAACUCGAAUGAUAAUUAUCCCCAAUACGACUCAAACACUAUUUCUCUUCAAUUUUCCCCGCCAACGUAUAUUCAAAAUAGAAAACAACUUUUUUAUCAAAGCGUUGGUCCUUUCUCGUAUAGGUAUUCAUGUAGUUGUCAAAACUAUUUGAAAAACAAUGAGAAGUGUUUGUACCACUCUACUGUCUAUAUCAUCCUUUCUAUAUACAUCCUCUCGGGGUCGAUCGGGAUCGGUCAUAUUUUAGUCCACGGUUUCGCUAAUGUUACACAAAUCCUCUUCGGAAUGUGUCUUGCUUAUAUCAUGAUAUUCCUCUUCGACUUCAUUUUAUACUUCUUUAGACCACUCGUCAAGGCUAUUGUCCUCAUCACCUGUUUCUAUAUCAUCACUUUCGUCGCUUAUAUCGGACUCAACGGUGAAAUAGCAGACGGUGCUUUUUAUCACGUGAUAUGCGCCGUCGACUUGUGCGCUUCUAUUGUUCUGCACUACAAACUCAACACUAAAAACUCGAAAAAACACUGA